GUUCUUACCAUGUUCUAAGGGUCAUUUGGGUGAAAUCCAUACCUGAAAACCAAUUCUGGUGCUGUGGUCGACACGAGCGCAAACCAGUUAACUACAGCGACAGUGAUACCUUCUCCACACCUAUAGCGUUCUCACAAGUAUUUCGUCGCCCAUCAUGAAUUUCGACCUACCCAACGAUCUUCAAGACUAUCUGAAGAAGAUAGACGGCUUUGUUAACAACAAAAUCCUCCCUCUCCAGCACAAAAACGACAACAACCGAUUUUUCGACCAUCGACGAGAAUCUUCACGUACACAAUGGGAGAACCAAGGCCUACCGACCGACGACUGGGAGGAUCUCCUAAAACAAGCACGCAAAUUGGCUGAUGAGGCGGGAUUUUACCGAUUUGGCUUUCCCAAGCAAUUCGGAGGAUCGGGCAACCCAGACCUCAAUCUGUACAUGUGUGCCAUUCGAUAUUUCCUGGCAUCACACCCAGUCUAUGGCGGCGGCGUCAGUCUGGCCAACGACCUGCAGAACGAACACAGUGUGGUGGGCAACAACCCCAUCAUCAUCAUGUUGCAGCAUUACGGCACCAAGGAGCAACAGGAAAAGUUCAUUCCCGCCAGCAUUCGCGGUGAAUUCCGUGCCACUUUUGGUUUGACUGAGAUUCACCACGGCUCCGACGCCACACAUAUGGACACGACGGCCAAAAAGAUCAAGUUGCCUAACGGAGAGGACGGCUAUGAGAUCAAUGGCAACAAGAAAUGGCAGACGGGAAUGCACCAUGCGACGCAUUGUUUGGUCUUUGCCCGUACUUCGGGCAAAGCUGGCUCGCCGCGUGGAAUCACUGCGUUUGUAGUGCCGAGAGAAACUCCUGGUCUCGAGGUUGCGUCGUUCGAAUGGACACUCAAUAUGCCAACUGACCAUGCGACCAUCAUCUUUGAUAAAGUGCAGGUUCCGGCGUCGGCUAUUCUUGGACCCGUCGACAAUGGAUUGGCGAUUGCCCAAACUUUCACACACGAGAACCGUAUUCGACAAGCUAGCUCGAGCUGUGGAGCAGCUAAGUAUUGCAUUGACCGGAGCGUCGAGUAUGCGAAUCAGCGCAAGGUUUUUGGAAAACCACUUUCAUCCCAUCAAGCGAUCCAGUGGCCAUUGGUCGAGCUCGCUACACAGGCUGAGAUGUUGCGCUUGUUGAUUCUUCGCACUGCUGUGGAGAUGGACAAAGUGACAGCCGCCUGCUUGAAGACUGGCCAGUCACCAUGGAUUGCCAUUGAGAAGCAGCUGGGCCAUAAGAUUGGCAUGUGCAACUAUUACGCCAACCGUCUGUGCUGCGAGGCCGCCGACCGGGCGAUCCAGGUGCAUGGGGGUGUUGGCUACUCAAGACAUUAUCCCUUCGAACAUAUUUGGCGACAUUUCCGUCGGUAUAGAAUUACCGAGGGCAGUGAGGAGGUUCAGAUCCGAAAGGUUGCUGCAUACUUGUUCGGAUACAAGACUACAGGGGAAAAGGAUAGUAAGAAGAGCGAGGCUAAAUUGUGA